UUAAUGUUGCUUACAUGUUUGUUUCGUUUUUACAGUUUUAUCGUUUUCGAAAACAUCCACCGAAGGGAAUGAUACUAGAAAGGAAGCCGAGUUUACGCGAUGGAUACCACGAAGCCAUACGCUUGAUUCAACUCUCAAAACCAAAAAAAAAAGUAACAACCUACAUGAUCAGAACCACAGCCUGGGAGAUUUGGUGCUAGCUGUACGGGGACGUUAGCUAGGAAAUCCUAACAAUACAAUUCACAAUCGCAGGGACACAAUGAUUUUGAGAAGAUGGGUCAAGCUAUGGGCCCUCCUAAACCAUUACAAGUUGUGUUACUUGGUAAAACAGGAGCCGGGAUUAGUGCGACGGGUAACACCUUCCUGGGACGAACAGCUUUUAAGUCAAAGAAGAGUUCCAGAUCAGUGACCACUGAUAUUGAAAUACAAAGUGUCACAAUUGAUGGAAUAGACUUUUUGGUUUAUGACACACCUGGAUUCUGCAACCAGGGUCUACCAGAAGUACUUGUUCAGCAGAAAAGUCAGGAAGUCCUCAAUUUAACCUCAUCUGGCACCCGUGUGUUUCUGUUGGUCAUGAAGAUUGGCAGGUUGACAGAAGAAGAAAAUAGUGUCAUCAGUAAAGUAGAAGAGCUUCUAGGAGAGAGUUUCUCAAACCAAACCUGGAUCCUGUUCACCAGAGGAGAUGAGCUAGUACACCAAACUAUAGAAGAAUUUAUUGCUGAGUCAGAAGACCUGACAGAACUGGUGAAGAAAUGCAAAGGAAGAUACCAUGUGUUCGACAACAAGAGUGGUGAUCCAGACCAGGUCAAAUCACUACUGAAAAAGACAUUGAUUUCCCUAAAUCCAAGGAGGAUUGUGCUGCUGGGCAAAACCGGUGGCGGAAGGAGUGCAACAGGAAACACAAUCCUGGGAGGAAAUCAUUUCCAUUCUGAACUGAGCUGUUCCUCUGUAACCCAAACAAGUGAAGUUCAGCAGGCUCCGGUAGAUGGAAGGCAAAUCAGCGUGGUGGACACUCCAGGCCUGUUUGACACACAGCGUAGUGCAGAGGAAAUAGCUUGGGAGAUUAGAAAGAGUGUCACUAUGUCAAGUCCAGGGCCCCACGCCUUCCUCAUAGUGGUGUCUGUGCAAGGCAGGUUCACACACCAGGACAAAAUAAUGAUGGAACUUUUAGAGACCAUGUUUGGUUCAGAAUUGACAAAUCAUGCCAUCAUUCUGUUUACUCAUGGAGACCAGCUAGAGGGUCACAGCAUAGACAGACUGAUUCAUGGUCACAUUGACCUCAGCAGACUGGUAGCGCUGUGCAGAGGAAGAUAUCACGUCUUUGACAAUAAAGCUGUAGGGAACAUAACACAGGUGAGAGAGCUGAUGGAGAAGAUUGACAAAAUGGUGGAGGAGAAUGGAGGAACGUGCUACAACAAUGAGGUAAACUGGCAUCUAGCCCAGAAAGAGGAGGAGGAGGAGAGGGAGAUGGAGGAGAUCCAGUUCCAGAUGAGGAGAGUGAGGAUCUGGGGGAUGGAGAGCGAGGACCCUCAGAUGAUAAGAGAGAGGCUUCAGAGGGACAUGCAAAGUUUCUGGAAGGGGAGAGACCAGAUAGGAAUGUUGAUAGGCAAGAUGGACAGCGUGUGUGAGACUGACAGUUUGCAGAGAGACUCGAUGAGACGGUGGAUCGAGGAGAAGAUCAGUCUCCAGAGAGAGAUGUUGAAAAGAUACCAGGAGAUGAAGACAAUACUCCAAAGCGAGUUAGAGCGGUUGGUGAGUAAGUUGGAGAGGGUAACAGGGGAAAGGUCCCGGGUGGUUGACCUGACGACACUGCACGCUCAACAGGACAUCCAGGGGGAGAGAGAGAGCAUCCACUUGGAAAUGGUUGAGAUGGUGAAUUUGCAGGAGGAGAUGGAGAGUGUUUGGAAGGACACGGAGAGGAUGAUUGACAUGGAGAAGAGGCACAAGGAGAAGUUGUACAAGGAGAGGAGACACAUGGAGAGGAGGCGCAUGGAGAGUGUGUACAAGGAGAGGAGGCGCAUGUUGCAUGAAAGGAUGCAGAGUGUGCAAAAGAAGAUGAAGAGGAUUCCGAAAGAGAUGGAGAAGUGGCUCAAGAAGGAGACGGAGAUGAUGCUGAAGGAAAGGAAGCAGCGGUACCAGAGGGAGAUGGAGAGGUUGGAGAUGGACAUGAAGAUUGAGAAACAUUUGUUGCAGUGGUAUCAUUAGCCUUGAGUGUAGAUAAGGGCUGACCACUGAACAUCAGUUCUCCAGGUGCCGCCAACCACCGUCAGUGUUCCUUUGAGCAGGAGACUUAAAGCUGUGCUGUUGAGUAAGUGAUCCUCAGAAACACAGCAAAUUUAAAGAAAUGACUUGAGCAAAUUACUCAUUCAAAGACCAAAGACGUAGUGCCUGGAAUACAUUGAAAAAGUAUUAGAUAUUUCCAACCCCGUCACAUUAAGCCACCCCCCCCCCCCCCAGCAACAAGAAAUCCCAGAGGAAACACUGGACUGUUUUUGCACAUUUUAUACUCUGCUCUUCGCAUUCUCUCUUCACUUCUGAAGACUGAAGUGAUUUGUUUCUCACAUCACUAGUCUGCAUAGAAUGUGCUUGAUUAAUUGUCUGGAUCUGUCUGCGAGGACUGUCAGUAGUGCUGUGUUUCUUCUGCAGACAAUAGCACCAGGAGUCCAAUAACAUUAAGAAAAAUGUUGUACCUCGACAGAUUAUCUAUAUAACAACAAUGUUAUUGAUGUGUCUGUGUGCCUGGAAAGGUGGUUGACAUAAAGGUAUGCUGAUAAUCAAA